AUGCCGGACUACCCUCCACCGCCGUACCUCUCCUCGCCCUCGCCGUCGACUGGCCUCUCGUCGAGCAGCGACUGGGCGUCGACCGCGCACUCGGGUUCGGAUUCGGACAUUUAUGUCCGCACACCGUCGGAGGACCAUGCAUCGUCGCACCUUCCAACGCACCACGGCCAGACGAAUAUCACAAUGAGGAACGCCUUCAACCAGUACGGCAAUACCCCACAUUUGGAUUCGGAGAGCAAGGACACGGCCAGAGGGCGGAAAGCCAAUCUUCAGGCGCCAAUUCCGGUUCCUGACCUGAACACUCUUCCUGGCGUGAUGAGCAGGUUGGGUGGGAUGGCGAACACGUCUGCGGACGUCGGCAAGAUGGCAACCGACGCCAUGAAUGUUGCUUCAAAUGUUACCGAAGAAUUCGGCCUUCCACAGAGAGGUGCUGGGAAGAAGGCGACGAAAAUGUCGAAGAAACAGAAGAAAGCAGAGAGGCGGCGCCGACGGGAAUUAUUCUCGUCCUCUUCUUCCGACUUCUUGUCCGACUUCUUCGACAGCUCGGACAGUGAUUCGAGCUUCAUGUCGGAUGGCGACUCCAGCGACUCCAGCUCGGACGAUGAGGAGAUUAAAGCGCUGAAGAAGCAACUCAAGAAACUGGAGAAGAAGCAGGACAAGGCCACAAGCACCAAAAGCCCGUCCUCGAAACGCAGUUCUGCGUCGGUUGGAUCAUUCACUGGUGUAAACCAUAAACUGAAAUCCGAGAGACAUCCAUCUCUGUGGGAGGCCGAGCAGGCGAAGGCGAAUGCCAUUCGAGCUCGGUUCCACGGCAACCUCAGCACCCCUCAUACCAGCCCUCCCAGCUACACCGAGGCCAGACCGAUGACGCUAACGGCUGGGUGCAACAACUUCUUCGGAACCCCCUCACCGUCGCCAUAUUUUCCAUCACUCCUCCCUAUCAAUCCGAUGUCGUUCUUGCCUCCACAGAGUCCCAUGUUUGGAGUCCCGCCAAUCACGCCGCCUAGCCCUCCAAAGCCGAAGGAGAAGGCGAAGAAAAAGAAAUCGACGAAGCCUGUUGACAUGUUCUCUGGGAGCAGGGAUACGGAUAUCCGCGAUUCCAACUUCUAUGUAAAUAAUUAUGGAACGACGGGCUCCAAAGGAUUCGAACUCCUUACGAACUCGGUUUCCCCUCGCGCCUUUCACAGCGCCGACGACCGCGUUGAUCCACCUAGAUGCCAUGAAAACACCCGCGUUGACAUUAUCAACAACAUCCUCGACUGGGUGACUGGGAAGGUUGCACCUCACGCCUUCGUGCUUUGGCUCUUCGGGCCAGCUGGGACGGGGAAAUCAGCCAUUGCAGGCACGAUUGCCGAGCUCUGCGAAGCAUACAGCCUACUUCUCGCCACCUUUUUCUUUUUACGAACCGACUCCAAACGUAACAACAUGAAGUCACUGGUUGCAAACAUCGCUUAUCGCACCGCUUUAGUCGUCCCCUCCGCACGGUGGAUUAUCGAAAGUGUUGUAGAACAUGAUCCACUCAUAUUUGAACACUCACUACAAGAGCAGCUCCUCAAGCUAGUCGUCAAGCCUCUGCAUUCUAUUGCCCCGCAGUAUCGCUUUCCUCCUCUUGUUAUCAUCGACGGACUAGAUGAAUGCGCCGACGAAAACACUCAGGCGAAACUCAUUGAGAUUCUCUCCACAUUAGGGAGGAGCAACCUGCCCCUCAAAUUCAUAAUCACCAGCAGACCGAGCCCGAGGAUCAAGUACGCAUUUCGCUCCAUCCAACCUCCACCAAUCCUCUACCACCUUGCGCUCAACAUCGACUUCCAUGCUCACCGCGACAUUCACACCUUUCUUGUUGACAAAUUCGCCCAAAUAAAGAGAUCCCAUCCACUUCGCUCAUGCAUCCCAACGUCUUGGCCGAGUAAAGACCAAAUCCACACAUUGCUCGUUGCGGCAUCAGCCUACCGAACGGUUGGAUAUCGUACUUGGGCUUCGUCCGCCCGUCCGAGAACGACCAUUUGA